AUAAAGAAUUUCUUCGAUAUGGAAAUUACGCCUUGGAAGAAAAACGACAAGCUCUACAGUAACUUCUUUCCUCCUGUUCUGAUCGGGUUAUACAACACAAUUAAAUUUCUUAAUAUUAUGCUGCUGUUUAGUCUGUUUUUCCACCGGUAAAUAAGUGGGUUGUUGAUAUUCUUAGGCAGUUAAUCAUCACGGAAGAAUUUUAGAAUCGUCCUUCGUAAACUGGGGCUCUAGAAGCCCUUCGACUAUCGCACUAGUUCGCUUUUAUCCGAUGGGGAUUAUUAUUGUAAGGAUGGAGCGUUGGUUGCUGCAACCUCCGCAAGCAGCCAGCAGAACCAGCAAGUUCUUUCAGUUGCAAGCCUGCCUGUUUCCAUGGGAGAUUAUUUCCCAAGAUCUCUUCUUCAUGGAGUAUUCAAGUAUGCUGAAGGUUUUCGGCUCUACAUUCAGCAGCUUCUUUAUCCAUCUCUUAUCAUACUCAUCCAUUAUCUACACAGAUUCCUGUGGACGAGUAUCUGCCAAUGUUUUUAUGCGACCUGGUGAAUUUAUGUUUGCUGCUGUUCUUCUUCGGGAGCUUUAAGAGUAAUUCAGAUCAAAUGGGCCUUUUGGAGUACGUCCAAUUCAAUCAAGUCCCCAUUUCAUUCAUAAUAGCUGUUCUUAUUUACAUGGGCUUUAUGAUGAUUGAUCGAGCCAUCUAUUUGCGACGGAAUCGAUUUGCCAAGCUAAUUUAUCAUUUUAUGUAGGUAAUCGGGUACCAUUUAUGGUUUUUUUAUCAUGGAUCCUCUGAUGGCCAACGGGAGAUUUAGAAGCUCCCCAAUUCUGCAGACUUUCUACGCGUUUAAAUGCCUGUAUUUCCUGUUCUCAGUUUACCAGAUCAGAAAUGGAUAUCCGACGCUCAUUUCCUACUACUAUUUGUGGCACGGGUAUUCAAUGGCUCACAGGUUUACAUAAGUUAUGUGACGCUUAAACCUCUAAACUGCCCGGACUAUCAUAAUUUAAAGCUAACUUGCAUUUUGUAACUUAUAUAUACUUGCUAAACGCAUAAUUACAGUCAGUCAGAGUAGUCAGAGAAACCAGAGCUAAAGGAAGUAUUGUAUUUGUGAAAAUAAAGUUUUUACAAAGGAAAAUUCAAAAGUCCAAAAUAUAACUCAUACGAAGUUCAUGCAAUUUUCUGGUUUGAAGACUUUUUCAGAUUUGGCGACAAGGUUUAUCGGUUUAUUCCAUACUUUCUGGAAAUUCGCUGUUUGUUGGACUGGAUUUGCAGCGACAGUUACCUGGAACUUGCAGACUGGUUCAAAAUGGAGGAUGUCACCCAAAGCCUGUUUGAUCGAAAGUGCCAACAAGAGUCGGAGGCUAAAUGUAACCGGCCUAGUGGUCAGCCCUACAAUCGAACUACAAAACUACUAGUUGGAGAGCUUCUCUUUAUGCUGCUGAUUAUGACUCUGAUUUUCCCAUUUUUUCUGUUCUCUCUGAGUUCCACCGUUGGCAUUGCCACCCUCCCUCAUACACUUAAACUGGCAAUAUACAUGGGGCGUUCUCAACAAAUAUUCGAAGCUUAUGUAACCAGAAGCGAUUUAAUUCAACUUUCAGAUGAAGACUAUUUGAACAUAUCGGCGACUUUUGAUAACAUUGAAGCGGCUGAUACUAUUUUCGAUGCUUUUAAAGUGGAAGACAUUGUGGUGGUGAAGUGGUCUCCACACAGCAUGACCACUUGGGAUAUAUCGCCUGGAAGCAAAGAGGAACUGCUUGAAGACUUGGAAAAUGAGGAUCCUUUCACGUUUAGGCUAGAAAUCCAGUACACUCAUGUUGGUCACGGAGGGCAGCAAUCUAAUAGAGUAUUCGCCCAAACCAGCGAUUUAGCUCCGCUUCCUAAUGCGGAAAGACAGAAUUUGAUCGAUAUUGUGAAGGCCAAAACCGAUACUUCAACUUUGCGGUUGUUGCCCUUAAUAUUUCCAAAAUUCCUCAAAAUCGACAAAGAAGGCCGCCCAGAAGUUCUCAGUAUGAUGGAACACCUUGAAGUUACCCGAAUUAUUCAUGACAAGAAUCAAUCUUUGGACGGUGCUGAUGAUGACGACGUUCCACCAGAUCCAAAUAAGCUGCGCAAUUUGCUACUUACUCUUCGUCGUUCUAAAGCUGCAUGGUGGCAAUUAAGCGAAGAAUGCACAAUUUUGGAUGAUAACUAUGUGUAUUAUUUAACGAAUUUAGCUCACAACGAUUGGGACUUCCUGGUAUUAUACCUGUUUAAUGAAAGAGUAUUUUCGAAUGCUAUGAAUUUUAUGACGCAAGGCGGGAUAAUGGGACUUUACCUCAUCUACUUCUUGGUAGUUGUCAAUAUAAUUAGGGGCUUCCGUGGAGACAUUGAGGAAAUUUCAAUAAACGACUUGCCCAAUUCUAGCAAAGUUUUACGGGUAAAUGAGCGAAUGUUUUGGAAACGCUUUUUUCUUGUAUAUAUUUUGGUACAUUUUGGUAGAAAUGCAUGGAAAUCUACUUUGCGCGCGACAUGAAAAACUAUCAUUUGGAACAAGAAAUUUUUGAGGAAAUUGUUUACAUUAUGCGAUCAAGAGAGUUAAUGAUUAAGCUGUCUAGGUAUGAGGAUAACUAUAAUCCCACGUUCAUCCUGCCAAAAUAAAUUUUAAUGUAA